ACGCGGUUGCAUGCCGGACCCUUGAUCUGCACGAGACUUGACGUUCCGCGAAGUUUAUUUCUACUCUCGCGCCGCCCGUGUAACGUUUCGACGAGGCUGAUUGACCUUUCUCCACACACACACACACUCCUGCUCUCCACGCUGCACAUCGCCCAGUAUUUAUCGCGGCGCCUCACCCGCCCCACUGAGUUUGGAACGCACCUUCACCUUUCACUCAACAGGGUCUUUCAACAGACCCCCAGCAAUCGCAAUCAUGCUCACAAUGUACUCCGGUUCCAAGAUUACAGAGCUCCCGCCUGGAGUUUCUGCGUCGCCGUCCCCCCAGCUGCGCCACAGAGGCACAUCGACCCAAUCCGUCCCCACGAUCGAACACACACAAACAUGCGACUCCCGCGAAGAGAGAAGGCGCGUGCACCAUGAAGCCGAUGUCGUCAUCAUCGGCGCGGGUAUCGUGGGGUGCGCAGCUGCUGUCGCAUUCGGCAAGCAGGGCAGAAGCGUCAUACUACUAGAGAAGAGCCUGAAGGAGCCAGACAGGAUUGUAGGAGAGCUGCUACAGCCCGGUGGUGUCAAUGCUCUGGAGAAGCUGGGCAUGAGGGAUUGCCUCGACGACAUUGAUGCGAUACCCUGCCACGGCUACCAGAUCUUCUACGGCAAAGAGGAGGUCCACAUUCCCUACCCCGAUAACCUCAUCACCUCCGGGCCCUCGAAAGCACCCGAAGGACGCUCCUUCCACCACGGCCGCUUCAUCUCCAAACUGCGAGCAAAGGCCCAGUCCACACCCAACGUCACCGUCGUCGAAACCACCGUCACAUCCGUCGUCAAGAGCGACUUUACGGGCCAAGUCGUAGGCGUAUCAUGCAAAACCGCCGGAGAGCAAGACUACUACUUCGGCGCCGUAACCCUCGUAGCCGACGGCUACGACUCCAAGUUCCGCAAAGAAUACAUCCCCAACCAACCCCAAGUGCGCAGCAAAUUCUGGGGCCUCGAAAUGAUCGACGCCGAGCUCCCCAUGCCCAACCACGGCCACGUCAUCCUCGCCGACGCACCCCCCAUCCUCAUCUACCAAAUCGGCACGCACGAGACCCGCAUCCUCGUCGACAUACCCAAGGACCUGCCAUCGGCGAGCCCCAAGAACGGGGGUGUCAAGAACCACAUGCUCAAUGUGGCGCUGCCCCAACUCCCCACCUGCGUCCAGCCCGCUUUCCGCAAAGCAAUCGAAGCGGGUAAACUGCGCUCCAUGCCCAACAGCUUCCUACCCCCUUCGACGCAGAAACAAGCCGGUCUCAUCUUCCUCGGCGAUUCAAUGAACAUGCGCCAUCCCCUGACCGGCGGCGGCAUGACAGUAGCGUUCAACGACGUUGUCCUCCUCUCCAACCUGCUCUCCCCCGCCAACGUACCUACACUAGAAGACACUUCAGCCGUCCUCGCCGCCAUGUCGACCUUCCACUGGCGGCGUAAGGACGGGUCUUCCGUCAUCAACAUCCUGGCCAUGGCUCUAUACAGCCUCUUCGCCGCCAACAACCAGUACCUCGAGUUGAUCAAGAAGGGUUGUUUCAAGUACUUUUUGCGCGGCGGAAAGAGCGUCAGUGAACCCUGUGGUAUGCUUGCGGGAUUGAUUACGCGUCCGUGGAUGCUUGUUUACCACUUCUUCUACGUUGCGUUCUACGCGAUUUACGUCAGGUUGCAGGAGGUGCCUAUCUGGAAGACGCCGUACACGAUUAUCGUUGAGAGUGCGAUGGUGGUCUGGACCGCUAUUUGCGUCAUUGGCCCGUACCUUGUUGCGGAGGUGAAGAGGUAGUGAGGCAGAGGGCAAAGAAGAAGUAGAUGGCAUUAUGUAUAUACGCUUCAUGGAGUCACUUUACAGGACUUGUAUAUAGGGGCAUGGGUUGGCGUUCCAGGUAUAAAGCGUGUCUAGAAAAUCCCUUCAUUUUGGGAGGUGGUUCAUAAGUAGUACAUAUAGUUAAUACGUAAUUAUGACACGAAUAGCCUGUAUAUGGGUUUGUUGUU